AUUUUAAAGUAAUUCUGAUGGAGUGGGCACACAGUGCCGCGCCGAGCGUCCGCCAGCUCCAUCAUGUUCAUGUACGAGCCCCCCACUAAACUCAAUCUUACUUCUGUAGAAGAAUUCCAGGAAGCAUUCCAGCUGUUCGACUCGCGCGGCGACGGUAAGAUCCACGUCGCGCAGAUCGGCGACGCGCUGCGGGCGCUGGGCCAGAACCCCACCGAGUCAGAUGUCAAGAAGUGCACCCUACACCUCAAGCCCGAUGAGAGAAUAUCAUUUGAGGUCUUUCUGCCUAUUUAUCAAGCAAUCUCGAAGGCGCGCAGCGGAGACACAGCCAAUGACUUCAUUGAAGGCCUCCGUCACUUCGACAAGGAUGGCAAUGGCUUCAUGUGGAGCAGCUGCUGCAGGGCCAGGAGGACUCGCAGGGCAACGUUAACUACGAGAACUUCGUGCACCUCGUCAUGCAGGGCUAGCCCCUCUCCCUCUCUCCCUCUCUCCAAAUAUUCCAAAAUAUGUUUAUGAACUUUAAAGUAGGCAUAUAAUUAUUAUUUGUACAAAUGUAUGUAUAACAAUAAAAUUAUAUAAUAAAA